UUUUGUAAGACCGGGUGACUGUGUUGUAUAGUUGCGUCUACCAAGCGUGCUCGCUACUCAGUAUCUCGUGCUGCGAGCCGGCUAACUUUUACGACCACCAAGGCCGAAGUUUUUAGUUUGUUUAAGUCCUACCCUGGCGGUUUGAGAUCUGAAAGCCGUUUAGUACCCGUUUUAAAACUGGUUUCAACGGCUUCAGCCACAGCUGGGCAACAGAGAAAAUGAGUAAAGCAGCGAAAGGAAGCGCCGAGGAGAAAGAAAACUUGGUAAAGUAUGACCUUGAUUGACUUCGUGUUGAAUUAACCCAAUGGCGGUGUCUUAUUCGCAAUCGAGAACGAUUAGCUCAGCAUGUUCAACAAUGAAGUUUCAACGACUUCUUCAAUUCUUUCGGAAACUUUGCGUGCUACGCGAUGUGCCUCGUUGCCUAAGUAAUCACAUUUUCAGGACACGCCGUUCGCCGCUGACGAAGCUCGCUAAAUCCAUCGUGUUCAAAAUCUUUUUUAAACUAGAACUUAACAAAUUCGAAACAAAUUCGGUGGAAACAAUUGCUAGAUGAAUGAACGGAACAGAUACAGAAACAUUCUUUGCAAAAUCAAACAAGUUCAGAACUCUGAAGCGAUCUACUUCUAAAUUUAAAAAGUCUAUUUUAGUUAUGCAUGACUGACUUUUGCCUCUUUAACCGGUGAAUUUCAAUAUCUCAUUAAUUAAUCGUGAGUUUAAACUGAGAAAAACGCGUGUUUGACUUCAGUGGAAAGUUUUGAAUUGCAAAGAAAUGUUUUCAUAGAAAACAAAUAAGUUUGAUUAAGAUUUCAGCGAUUGCUCGCACAUUACGUAACUCUUAACCGCGGGCUGACACACGCAAGCAUCACGUGUUCUUGACGUCAAAAAUAUCCGAACUGACCUUAUCAAAGUACAGUGUUAACACUUCUAAACAUACAAUUGAACCCAGCUAGCACAUAUAUCCGGCUUCCAAUAUUCACUUAUACUGGUUAACAGCCAGUACUUUUUAAUUAUUUAAAUAAUGAACAUCGGUUAAAACCCACACAUGAUCGGGCGAAAAGGAGACAAAGACAUGUCGCUUACAUGACAUAGCCUAUUCCCUAUCUUGCGUGAGUUGUUUACAACUCGAAAAGAGAAAAUUUAAGUUUGAACUUGACUAAUGACGUUCUCUACUUAACGCUGUAUUGGCUGAUGCACGUGGAAGCAACUUCAACCUGCUGUUCUAAAAGGGUUCCGAUAAUGUUUAUAUUCAUUAUGCAUUACAAUAUUAAAACGAAAAUUUAUUGAUGUAGUUUUUAAGCCGGCAGUUUUCAUUCUUUUCAUUCAGCAAUGCUUUUUGAAGGAUUUGGAAAUUCACUUUUGCCGAAACAAAAACAUUUUGCUGUUUAGUUUGAGAUAAGGUUUCAGGUCUGUGCUUGGACGCACGCAAAGUAUAACUAUAAUAAAAGCUUUUCAGUAUUACACGUCUCGGCUUAAUAUUUCUUCGUACUCAUACUAAUUUUAAAAUAUUUAUCCUGAUCAGCGAGACAAACGGGAGCCAGUUUAGUCCCAAAUAAUUAAUUUUGAAAGCUCCCUUCGAAGAUCCAUACUUCAAUGAUUUUCGAAGAGGGUUCUACGCAAACAUCGCUCGCGUUAUCAGUGUUUAAAUCCUUGAUAUCUCCCUCUGAAUGAUAAUAGUAGACUGGUGCCAAUUUGUGAAAAUAUUACGCUUUUGUAACAUUUAAAUGUUUUCUUAGUGAUACAAGGUACCUGGAGAGAAUCUUAAGCAUUUUCAGGAAUCACUUGAAUAUUGCACGGCAAAAUUUUAAAGAACCGGUUGGUGACCGUGUGCUGUGUUUAUGUCUAACUAACGAAAGUUCGAGGAAACUUUAUCACAGAAAUAGAACACAUUUUCUCAAAUGAGUUAUCUCAAGAUUAAAAUCACAUGAAGUGCUUUAGCUCCAGCUUUAGGAACUGCGGGAUUAGGCACAUGUCGUGAAAUUUGACGAGUAAUGAAGCGAGUUCCCGCAGGUCCAUAACGACCGCCAUAUUGGUUUAGACUUGCUGUAGUUUCCCAUCAAACUGUUCACGUGGUAUAUGAUUGGCACUUAUUAAAACCUCCACGUGGGUUUCCACAGGGGUUGUUUUCUAAAAUGGCGGACGUAGAGGAGGAGGAGGUGUAUAGAUAAUCGUUUAUUUCUUCAAACUCCUUUCCGCUUUUGAUUUUCGAAACUAAUGGCGAAAGGACUUUUUAUGCUUUCCUCUUUCUAGUUUGGGCGAAGUCAGAGCUACCGUGUCGCAACGGCACCCCUAGUGAAUGAUGGUGCGGGUAAAAAAGAUGGCGGAAAGCCCGCUAAGAAGAUGUCAAAGCGAAAAGCCAAGAAACAGGAAAAGAAGGAAAACCUUGAGGAUCUCAAGAAAGAAUUAGAAAUUGUAAGUGGAACGUUUACUGUCUGGCCUCUUCAGUCAGUGAAUUGUCACAGCAGAAGUUAAUUUUCCCCGUUAUCGAUCCUAGGAUUGGCAUACAGUCGAGUUGGAGGAAGUAUGCAGGCGUUUAGAAACGAAUGUGGAAAGGGUAAGUACGAGCUUUUUUUUGGCUUCUCGUAUAUUUUAUCACUACUAGUUUGUCACUGAAUCGUUAACGACGACUAUCUUUGACAGAUUGUCUACUCUUGAGAUCGCAAUGGGUUUAAUCGUUAUAUAACCUCGAGAACAAAUAGACUUCGUUUUCAAGCCGGCUUACUACACGUAUGCAAAUUUCAUAGUGAUUCGAAGCAUUAAAAAUGUACGUAAAACUACAUCGAAUAUCUUCUGAUCGCUAGUCCUUAUUUAUUUUUUUUUACUGCGCCUGAAUCUUUACUUUUCUUUGACGAUAUGAGUAGGAAACUGUAGUACUAUGAAUUCAUGAUAUAACCGUCAGGAUUCUGAUUAACAAGUAUUCCUGUCUCAAAUACAAAAUCAACUAAAUUUAUUAAAAUGUUUUAUUUAGUUCAAUCUUACAGUCUUACAGGCUUCGAUUUUAGAAUUUUCAAACUUGAACUUUCUUUUCACAUUAUUUCUGUCUCCUGAUUAGCUAGAUGUCUGUUCAAAAUUUUUACUAUAUCUGCGGUUUUCAAUUUCGGCACAAACUUUCACGGUAUAGGCUGCAUCAAAUCGAAUGUUGUUGUAAAAAUUAAUACAGCAGAUUUACCGCGACGUGUAGGUCUUGACAGAAAUUGCUUAGUUGUCUAUAUAUUUUGCUGUGCGUCCUUCCGAUUUGCAUGAACGCAUCGAUCGGUGUGGCCGGUAAAGGCAUGUUUUUGAUGAAGUUCAGCAAACGUGGGUUUUCACUAAAAGCAUUACAGUUAUCUAUUAUUCAUGGCCUCGAGUGGUUGAAUGUGAUUUUCGAUUCGCUUGUAGACGAUGGUGUAAAGCGAUUUCUUUUCGUAAACAUUUCGAGACUCGAGUAAAUCAUUAAUUCAUCGAAGAAUUGAACACCCAGUACUUUAAAUUUCAAUUAGCGGGAUUUGAAUCGGUUGAAUUCCCAAAGAAUGUUGAAAUUAAUUUUAUUGCCUUGAGUCUACGUAAUCAUUUUCUUUCUCGUAUAGGAGAAGUCUGUUUGGUAAAGCGCGAUCUAGUUGUAUCCUAUUUGCAAACUCGGCGUUACGUUCAUAAUUGUUAUUCUAAAUCAGGCAGCGUCAUAUUACAUCGAUCUUUCUCAUGACAUUUCCGUGACUCGCCGGCAGAGGAGAGUAAAAGAAUUGACUGAAUAGAUGUUUCUUUAAAUUAGUCUUUCUUGUUUUCUUUCAUGUUUGUAAUAGUCAGAGUACUUUUUAUCUGCUUUGCACAUUGUAAACUUCAUCUGUUGUUGUUUGAAAGUAAAUUAUUGUGUUAUGAAUGAGAAACAGGAGAUAAUUAAGUUAAAACUCGAUUCUAUUUUUGUUGACAAGAAAAUAGUAACGGUCAAUUUGUUGAUAAAUUCCAGAACAAACUGGGGCAAGAUUUCAGCACAGUCCCAUAAUACAUUAUGCAUAUAGUUCUUGCGUAAAGAAAACAGUGUCAAACGAAAUAUAUUAACUUUGCAAGUACAGCUUUGUUUUGGAAUGAUUUGGGGUUACACAGAAAUGUUUCUAAAACUGGAUAACAUAUUUACACACUGGUCAAGUGCUGUCACUUUGAGCUUGAUUUGUUCAAACAAACUCACAGGUUAUGACCCCAUUAAGAAUCACUGCUUGGGAAUUCAAACUGUAUCAGAGAGGGGGGGAAGAGGAAAUUUUGCUUUCAAAUUUUGCUCCGAAGAAACAUGAGAAUAUUUUAAGAAAGGAAAUCUCAUGAAUUGUGCAGGAUCCAGGAGGAGAGGUAAUAUUCCUAUUCUUUACACUAUUGAUUCUGCAAUCACCCUUUACUAAGCGGUUGAUGGUCAGAUUCUCAAAUUUGUUUCCCCUGAAUCAGUGUAAGUCCCAACAGCCUGGUUUUACUGUCCUGUGCCUGUGUUGAACCUUCACUGAAAGCUGGGCCACUAAGAUAAAACUAAGAAUAAUCUUUCAAGUAAUUAUUAAUCCAUGUUCCUCUCCCGAAAUCAAUGUUACCGUAAUAGUGUUUUUGCAGGAGUUUGUGUACACCAAGCUUUUAGUUAUGACAAAGUGGCAUUUUUUUUAUUAUUUUGUUUACAAUACCUUUAUUCUUUAGCAGUCACUACACCAUUUCUUGUGGGUGACUGCUAAAUACAGGUUUGACUUUAUGCUUGGGAAACUAGGUGAACCAUGAGAAUCAUUGGCCUCUUGAUUUGUAAGACUUGACAAUAUUACUCUUUUUUAAACAGGGUCUAAGCAUUGAAAAAGCUGCAGAAGUUCUUGAGCGAGAUGGCCCCAAUUCUCUGACUCCCCCACCCACGACCCCUGAGUGGGUGAAGUUUUGUCGUCAGCUGUUUGGUGGUUUUGCCAUGCUGUUGUGGAUUGGUUCUAUUCUCUGUUUCGUGGCCUAUACUAUCCUUGUAUUUACCGAAGAGGAACCACCUUCAGAUAAUGUAUGCACAUACAUUUAGUUGACAUUAACGCUUUACUCCCCAACAUCAGUAUGCAUAUUCUCCAUACUACUCCCUAGACAUUUCCAACAGUUCUGAUAAGGAGAAUUUGUUCAACAAUCAAAGAGCUUCUUUAGUUGGUGACGAUCUCUGUGAUUCUCAUGAUCUUAAUGUUUGAUUCAGGGGUGAUGUAGUAAGUUGCUCCAUCUUAACACAGUGGCCUAAUUGUCAGUGCACAGGACUCUGGUUUGAGAGGUCUGGGCUCUAGACCUGGCCAGGUCAAAGUGUUUUGUUCUUGGGCAAGAAACUCUUUCACACGUAUCGUCUCUCUCCACCCUGGUGUAUAAAUGGGUACUGGGGGCAAAACCUUGGGAUGGACUAGGAUCUCCUCCAGGAGGGAGUUGUAAUACUUCUAGCUAGUUGCUUCAUGCUACAUGAAAACUGGGAUAAGUCCUGGCUGGGUGAGCUAAUAGCAGUGUUCUCCACAGAUUUUGAAGUAGUCAGCUAAAAUUGUAAAGUAGCCAGGGCUUCCAAAUCAAGCACAAAUUCAAGCUACACUCAAAAUUAUCUUACCAAAAAAAGAGAAUUGUUGUCUGUGGUUUUAACCAACAAAAGGAGCCGGUGCUUGAGACAUGGGUGGCCAGUGAAAAUGCCAGCUGCCCGCGCUUUUGGAGAACACUGCUAAUAGGCUUGUGUACAGAUUUUACUACGUCUAUACUAGUAGUUAUGGUGGAAUUGAUGUGGUUAAGUCCAAGCUGGAAUCAAAUCAAAGGCUGAAUGUGUCUCUGACCUUUUUUAUUUCAGUUGUAUCUUGGGGUUGUAUUGGCUGCUGUAGUGAUUGUGACCGGAAUUUUCUCAUAUUAUCAGGUAUACAGUGUUCUCUCUUACUAUAGCAAGCCGGAAAUUGUCAAACUGAUAGAGCAAUUCUUUAGACUGUUGAAUUUUCAAGAAUUACAAGCUAUUGUAGGCAGUAACAUUAGGUACCACAAUCAGUAAAUUUUAUCAUGUGCUGCCUGAAAUGGAGAAAACUGGGCAUGCCCAGAGUAAGGUAUACAAUAGAUUUUGAACUUGAUUUGUAUUUUCUGCUAUUAGUAAUUAACAGAAGCCUCAUCUUCAUAAUUGUGGUGGUAAUGUUUUGUAUUCCAGGAAGCCAAAAGUUCUCGAAUCAUGGACAGCUUUAAGAAUUUGGUUCCACAGGAAGCAAAUGUGUUGCGCAGCGGUGAAAGACACACCAUCAAUGCAGAAGAAGUUGUCGUUGGUGAUAUAAUUUUUGUGAAGGGUGGGGACAGAGUUCCUGCUGACAUCAGAGUAGUGGAAGCCAGAGGCUUCAAGGUAUAUAAACCUGUUUACAAGACUAACCACUAAAAAAAAUGCCUGAUUCUUUUCAGGAAAAUUCAAUCUCUGUUGCGAUAAGAUAUUUGGUCUUAUCAACUGAGUUGAUAAAAUAAAUUAGCUGCCAAUAAGAGUUUCUAAAGCUGACAUUACAAGCAUUAGCCUUUUGUCAGUGAAUUGAGUAGUGGGUUGUGUGUGGUAUAUAAACAGAAAGAUGAUGCUGUAUUAUCACUGGGAAGUCAGUUAAGAGGCAUUUAUAAGGCAGUCUGCAGCCUUUCCCUGUAUCUAGACAGUUUAAAAAUCCAUACAAAUCUAGUGCAAAAUUUAUCUUUCAAAUUGAUGUAUUCACCAUUUUCCCUUAUCUUGUCCCAAUUAUCAUGUUAUUUAAUAAUAUUUAGCAUGGUUGUUGGUAUAUUUUUAUUUCAAGGUGGAUAACUCCUCACUCACGGGUGAAUCUGAGCCCCAGAGCAGAGGCCCUGACUGUACCAAUCAAAAUCCUCUAGAGACCAGAAAUCUGGCUUUCUUCUCAACAAAUGGACUGGAAGGAAACUGUGUUGGUAUCGCUGUACAAACUGGAGACAACACUGUCAUGGGACGUAUUGCUAACUUGGCUAGUGGUCUUGGCUCUGACAAAACUCCAAUCGCUAUUGAGAUUGAACAUUUCAUCCACAUCAUUACUGGUGUUGCUGUAUUUCUUGGGGUUUCCUUUUUCAUCAUUGCCUUUAUUCUGAAGUACAACUGGCUGGAAGCUGUCAUCUUCUUGAUUGGUAUCAUUGUGGCCAAUGUACCAGAAGGUCUUCUCGCAACUGUUACAGUAAGUGUAGACAUGCCUUGUCAUUCAGAGUUCUGUGCAAAGAAUGCACAAAAACCUUACCAGAAUCAUUCCCUGGACCAGCUUCUGUGGGAAAAUUUGUGUGACUUCUCAUGUGAAAUUCCACAAUCUUUUAUUUGAACUGAUAGGUUACAUCAUGAAUUUUUUUUGGUGAUAAUAAUUGUCAUUUAGAAGUAAUCUUUAUUCAGCAAAGCAGGGUUGUUAUUAGGAAAUGUGAUAGAUGUGUGAACUGAGGGGGUGUUCAAUUGAAUGGCACUUGCAUCACACAAUGCCCCUCCAAGGAGAAUCCAGGGGCAGGCUCUACUGGAAAAGGUUGAAAUUUUAUUCUCUCUGAGACAUCAUUUCCAGCAUUCUGGGACAUAUUUGAGUAACUCUUUUUUUAGCCAUGCUGAUGUUCAAUCAGUUCACAAAGACUUGUUGUCUGUCGUUGCUCACAGUUCGCAAAGUUGCCCAAUAAAAAGUAGUCUGUUAGGUGGCAAGUUUUUCUGCCACUAACCAGCUGGUAUAAACAACCCUGGUUAAGGUAAAACUUAUCCCAACCAGUUUUCAUCAGCGUGUACAAUCCCAUUGGCUUUGAUUACCACAUGUACAGUGCCUGCAAACUAGUAUUUCAAUGUUACCAUUAUUUUUUUAAUAUAAUUCAUUAUUUACCUUCUCCUUGUGAAGGUGUGUUUGACUCUGACAGCCAAGAGGAUGGCUUCCAAGAACUGCUUGGUGAAGAAUCUUGAGGCUGUGGAGACUCUUGGCAGUACAUCCACAAUCUGUUCUGAUAAGACUGGUACACUCACUCAAAACCGAAUGACUGUGGGUAAGAAACAAUCUUUUAACGCUCUAUAUCCUGUCCAUCAUUGAUUGAAAGAGUAACAAAACUGUUCAAAUGAUUUUUACUCUACUGCUGUCCUCACUCUUUCACCCCUAGAAGUGCCCAAAAAGGAUUUGUUUCUUUUUAUAUCACAACAUUUGAACCCUCUUUACACUAAUUUCAGAAUAGAUAUUCUCCCCAAGUUUUUCUCUAUCUUUCUUAAGGGGCUGACAAAGAGAAUUUCUUCACCAAUCCAUAGCUUCUUGAGUCAUUGAUCCUUUUUCAAUAUUCUCAUUACCUCACGGUUUAAUUCAGUAUUGAUACUGUUAGGAGAAAUUGGAAGCCAGUCAUUCUUAAUUGGGGGUUAAAGGUUUUUUAAGCAUUAAGGUCAUAAAAAUCAUGGAAUUUGGAUUGGGUGAUUUUUUUUUAUUUAAUACCAAAUUCUCAGAGGAAAAGUUACAAGGAAUGUGAUAGAGACUUGAUAUUUGGAUAUUUUGGCACUAAAGGAAAGGGAACUAUUUUAUGCUCCAAUAUUAUUGUUAGCCUGUGUCUUUGUUACACAGCUUCAUAACCUGCCAUUAAUUCAUUUCGCAUUCUUCUAAUGACGAAAGAGUCACUUUCAUUGGAUGGCCAAACCUACAUUUAACCACAAUUGGUUGUAUUUUUAGCCCACAUGUGGUUUGAUAACAUGACAAUUGAGGCUGACACAACUGAAGAUCAAUCAGGAGUUUCCUUCGAUAAGGUGAGAGACAUUUUCAGCUUUCAAGCUCCCUAGCGCAGUGGGAAAAGUCCUAGAUAAGCUGCAUUUAGGGAGUCAUUUUGAGGGUUUUUUUAAAAGAAGUGGAUUGUGUAGAAAGAACCAUUUUUCCAGGUAUUGUUAACAUCGCUUUUUUCAUCAGAAAUCAGAUACAUGGAGAGCACUUGCUCGAAUUGCUGGGCUUUGUAACAGAGCAGUAUUUAAAGCUGAUCAAGACCAUGUUCCAAUUUUGAAGAGGUAUUGUGUGUUUCUUGUUCUUGUAUUUUUAGCUGAUUUUGCAUGCAGAACAGCAACCCCUAAAAAAAAAAAAAAAACUUGGGUUGCACACCAAAUCUGCUUAAAGUUUUAAUUUGUGAGUGUCAGAUAUCACUUUCUCUCUAGAUCCAGCAAACUCCAUGCAUCUUGACUUUACCUUUACGAACUAACAUCAGUCUACAUGUGCUCCUCAUUGUUUUCUAUACAAUUCCUUUAGCACCGAACAGGAGAAUUUGUCGCAACCAACAGCUUAAUUAUCCUACUAUCAUUUCCUUUUACCUCAUAAUCUUGCCAUUUAAUCCAGUGUGGAUAUAGUGUGGUGAAAUUAGAUUCAGUACCUGGUGGAGGUAAAAAGUUUAAAAAGAAAUUGAAACAAGGAAUUGUAGAUGAAGAAUUACAGUUCAAAAUGACUAAAAAAUGAAACAUGCAUGAUUUCCUGUAACUCUGAGUUUCGUGCUUACACACUCGUCAGACAGAUUUAAUUUUAAAUCUGCCUGACUAGUAUGAGCACGAAACUCAGAGUUACAGCAAAUCAUACGUGUUUCGUUUUAGUCAUUUUGAACUUUUUAUUUGCUUUACACUCGUGUGUAUUGAGCACUCUCCAACAGCAUUUACUACAAUUUCCCACAAUUAGAUGAAGAAUUAGAUUGUUUGAAUUGAAAUGUAAUAAUCAGGAUGAUGCAUUUUUGAUAAGUGUACUAUCAGAAUGAGUGAGAACUAUAACAGCAUUUGUUCAUCUUAGGAGACAUACAGUCAAAGUUUUAAAUCAGUUUAUUAACCCUCGACGCCCUAACAUCAGUUUGCACAUUCUUCAUAGUGUUCUGUGCACUUUUCCUAUGUUGCUAACAAGGAGAAUUUGGUGACCAAUCAACAGUUUCUUUGGUUGGUGAUCAUUUCUUGUAUUCAUGUGACCUCAAUGGUGUGAUUCAGGGACGAUUUUGUGAGGAGAAUUUACAUGCUGGUCACUCUUACAGGCCAAAGAGUUGAAGGAGUGUUCUUUUUUUUUUUUUCAGGGAAUGCUCAGGAGAUGCCUCUGAAUCUGCCUUAAUGAAGUAUGUGGAGCUAUCCGAAGGAAGUGUGAAAGAAAUGAGAGAUAAACAUACCAAAGUUGCCGAGAUCCCAUUCAACUCGACCAACAAAUAUCAAGUAUCCAUUCAUGAAAACCCAGAUCCUGACGACAAGCGCCAUAUUCUUGUGAUGAAGGGUGCUCCCGAGAGAAUCCUUGAUCGUUGCUCAACAAUUUUGAUGAACGGUGAGGAAGUGGCGCUAGAUGAGAAAAUGCAGGAAGCUUUCAAUGCUGCUUAUCUCGAGCUGGGAGGCAUGGGUGAACGUGUGCUUGGUUUCUGUCAUUUCUUCUUGCCUUUGGAAGAAUUCCCUCCGGGGUUUGAGUUCAACACAGAUGAGGUAAGUAGCAGCAUUUAUAAUUUCUGCCAACUGCUUUGAAAUGAAUGUUUAGUUUGGGAAUCAUAGCUAGUUGUAUUACGUUUCAUAAAUGUUACGACGUUUGUAUCGAUUGCGAUUCAAGAAUGGAACGUCUCAAUCUAUGUUUUGACUCUUGAACGUUUCUCUCUGGCCGUUUUUACCAAAAGUUCGAGUUCUCGUGGUAAAUUUGAGUCAAGGGAAGGUGAAGUUUGUUCAAGUUAACGGGGAUUUUGAGUUAAUUGAGUUUAACUUAGUUGAUAGUAAAUGACUGGGAAAAUGGGGUCAAAUUUGAGGAAAAUCGAAUAUUGUUCGAGUCAGUAGGUGGUUCGAGUAAAUUGGGUUCGAGUUAGCAAAUUUCUACUGUAUGUGCAUUAUAAUGUCUUAAAUUAAAUUCCUCUACCUUUGUGCUACUCAGCCUGUCAACUUCCCUCUUGAAAACCUGUGCUUCGUUGGUCUAAUGUCUAUGAUUGAUCCACCUCGCGCCGCUGUUCCUGAUGCUGUCAGCAAAUGCCGCAGUGCAGGAAUCAAAGUCAUCAUGGUGACAGGUGAUCAUCCAAUCACAGCCAAGGCCAUCGCCAAAGGAGUCGGAAUUAUCUCAGAAGGUAAGUUUUUGAUAAAAGAUACUUCUCUGUUUAGAUCUUAAGUCACAAACAUAGACUACAAGCUGUCUUUCUUUUUCGGCAAAGUGUUUUGCGCAUAAAACAGUGCUUGUACAUAAUUUUGUCUUUGACUUUCGUUCGGACCUACGGCCCCAAAACUAUGCUUGAUUAGUUGCUUCUAAUUUGAUUGAGUUUGCUAGGUUGUUGUUUUGUUUUGUUUUUCUCGAGAGAGUAUUGUAACUGAAACCGUAGAAUUAAAAAUGUUGUUUGAAAGUGCCCAACGAAGAAUCGUAAUUUUUGUCGUUACAUCCAACCACUCAAAAUUAUUCGAUAGGUUUAUUACUUGUAUCCUCGGAAAGCGGAACAGAGUUUUUGUGACAGUGAUUGUUUUUGUAAAUUUGUAACCCUCUAGUAUUCUUUGUCUUCCAGGAACUGAGACUGUUGAAGAUAUUGCCACUCGUCUGAACAUCCCAAUAGAAGAGGUUGAUCCGCGACAAGCCAAAGCCAUUGUGGUUCAUGGACAGCAGUUGAAGGUAUUUAAAAAGAGGCAGCAGAUGUAGCCCUAGUAAAUUGAUGACUUCUUAAGAAAUAAACUGCACUUUUUAUUGGUUUGCUGGCAAAUAACCCAAGAUGUUUUGACAACACGAGAUAUGGUUGAAAAAGUUGAUCUGGGGGCGAGUGGUUUGCGAAAACUCUCCAGUCUUCUCCCAUCAUUCCAUGUUGAUUUUUACGCCGGUCAACCAAUAGAGAGCGCUGUCUUUGGCUUAUAUAAGAUUAAGUUUGAUUUUCUCUGGUAGUGUAUUAAAAAUCGCAUCCUGCAUCACUCCUCCAUUGGCAAGUGAACUCUAAAUAUCAUUUAUGAAGUAGGUAACAUUUUGACUCGUGGAGUUACAUGUGUAGCUCAUGCGUUGCCCACCAACUAUCCCUUUCUUGCCUGUUUUACACAUUUGGCCCACGUCUUUUUCUAAGUUUCAAAGUAUCAGGUAGUUGUUUUAAAUGUUUCACUGCAGUAACAGACGACAAGACGAGCUCAAGACGAGCCGUGAAAGGGAGAAAGUCUCGAUAAUCGGGUCCCUGCUUUUUUCUGGGUUUAAGCUGAUCUGGAUUUUAAAUGUUGUUUUGAAGGAAAUGGUUAAGAGCGACAUUGAUGAAAUCUUGUCCGAGCACACGGAGAUUGUAUUUGCAAGAACCUCUCCACAACAGAAACUGAUCAUUGUAGAAGGCUGCCAACGACAGGGGGCCAUUGUUGCUGUGACAGGAGAUGGUGUCAAUGACUCGCCAGCUUUGAAAAGGGCAGAUAUUGGUGUGUAUUUUUUUUUUAGAGUUCUUAAGACAUCAUUCACUAAAUUAAAUGCCUGUUCUGCUUCUUACAUCUCGACGAUUAGUUGUCACCUAAAGUACUGCUCAAAAAUAAGUUAAGCAAGUUGACAGUUUAAACUCAAAACUCGAUUCAUGUCCUCGAAACUUUCGAGAGUCGAGAACCGAGGUUCAAAGGUUGAGGAUCGAGAAUCGAGAGUCGCGAGUCGAGGAUCGAGUAUUGAGGAUCGAAAAUCUAGAAUCGAAAAUCGAGAAUCGAGGAUCGAGUUUCUGGGGACUUUCAACUUUUGAGCGGUGGUUUUGGCCAACUAUUAUGCCAGAACAAUCCCCGUUCUUCAUACGAACGCUGCGGUUAAACGUCUGCACGUAUGCGAACAUUAUAAUGACUAACUGGCCUACUUUCAGCCUGUGAGAGCCAAGUUGUCUCACUCGAGUAACAGAACCACACAAGCCAGUUAGUCACGGUGUUUCAAAAGCGUAUAACUUUUUUGAUAAAGCUCAAGACAGAAUGGUAAAUCAACAGUAUACCUGUAAUUUAUUAAACUUCGUUUUCGAAACGUCUCGAUUUUUCCUUUUUCCUUCUUUUGUUCCUUUUUCAAAUUUCCAUGAACAUUUUAAUCUUUUCGCGCCUAUUUUGCGUGACAGCGUUCGUUUCUUCAUGUCUUUCUUGAAAUUCUGCGCGGGAAGUUGGCGCGCGGCUGGCCAAAAUUGAAAUACUAGCGCAUGCUUGACGUGUGACCGCUGUGUUUCAUACGUACCCUGUAUUUCACGAUAUGAUCUUGAUCAUGACUGUUUUCUCUUGGCAAAAUGUCAGAGCUUAUGAUAUUCCUUGUUUGUGUGAUAUUGAGACUUUGACUGAUGAAUAAGCUUCUUUCAGACCUCUUUUUUUAACAGUCUGAACCAUUCUCCCAGAAUCCUGACUCUAUCCACAUGUUGUAUACGUUUUAGGUGUUGCCAUGGGUAUCGCUGGCUCAGAUGUGUCCAAACAGGCAGCUGAUAUGAUUCUGUUGGACGAUAACUUUGCAUCCAUUGUUACUGGAGUUGAAGAAGGUUUGUCUCAUGUUUUGCUAUCACUUGUUGUGGUUGUGAGGGUUUAGAGUGAACUUACGCUCUACAGAAUCGCGUUUCCGGUUGGAUCAUGUCUUUGGAAAGUUUUCCUGAUUGUGUGGUGUUCUUGGGUAAAACACUUUACUCUCCCCGUGCCUCCCUCCACCAAGGGGUAUAAAUGGGUACCGGCCAAUUGAAAUGCAGGGGGGGGGGGGAGAGGAAGGGAUGGGGUAGUAAUUUUGCGAUGGAUUGGCAUCUCAGAAUUAAAAGUACGAAGUAGUCUGUUUAUGAUGAACUUUCAUGGACUUUCUCACCUGAAAACUGAUGAGAAAACCAUGCUGCCUUCCUUCUGAUACAGCAGACGAGGUUAAUUCUCAACGAAGUCAAAUUGUAUAAUUGCAGUAAUACUGUGCUUUGUGUUUAUCUUGGGUAUUUUGGUUUUUAGAAUAAAAAAGCCUUUGAUAUGCGUGUUUUAUCUUUCCUUCUUCAGGUCGUUUGAUCUUUGACAACUUAAAGAAGUCCAUCGCCUACACUCUGACCAGUAACAUCCCCGAAAUCAGUCCUUUCUUGAUGUUUAUCAUCUUGGACAUUCCCCUUCCGCUUGGCACUGUGACAAUUCUUUGUAUCGAUUUGGGUACCGACAUGGUAUGUACUAGUGACCAGUGUUCUCCCUUAUUUUAAGCAUGACAGGUAAAAUAAAUUUUCAAACCGGUAAAGUAAUCCUUUUACUUGUUGAAUUUUCAAGAAUUCCAAGCAAUUUUAAACGGCAAUAAGAGGUACUACUGGCGGUAAAUGUUACCGGUUACUGAGUGACUGAGAAUUUUGCCCUGCUUGUUAACUCUUUAGUCCGUAAGAUCAGUUUGUUUAUUCUCCGCACUGUCAUAUAUACAUUUCCCAUGGUUCUGACGAGGAGAAUUUGUGGAACAGUUAAGAGCUGCCUAAAGUGGUGACCAGUGACUUUGUUCUCAUAACUUAAAUCUUUUUUUUUUUUUUUUUUUUUUUUCUGUCUUAAAGGUUCCCGCCAUCUCACUUGCUUAUGAAAAGGCCGAAUCAGACAUCAUGAAGCGUCAGCCUCGUGAUCCUCUCAACGACAAACUUGUGAACGAAAGGUGAAUGAAGCAUUGCAUUUUUGAUGAAUUGAGCGAUUUUCAAUUGAAUGUCGACGUUCCGGCUGCAUACUGCUGAAGCCUCGCUAAAAUUUACUUUAUCUAAAGUAAUUUCGUAACACCAAAACCACGCGGUCAUCUCAUCAACCAAUCAGAAGAAAGGAAAAGACCCAUGAAAACCUAGGAGAACUCAAAAUAAAACCAAAGAAAAAUGCCUUAAGCGCGGGAGAAGGCUGGUGACCAAGUCGUGUUUUGUUUUAGUUGUGCAUCUGAUUGGUUGGGGGAAUGGUGCGAGUUUUUGUAGACCAAACACAGAGUGGACUAAAGCCAAACCAAUGCAAUCCCGGAUUACUUUCAACACCUAAUGGAAAACUGCUCAAUUAAUCCAGUUUUUUUGAGUAAUUAUACAUCGACAUUAUAGUGCUAACGAAGUUUUUGUUGAUUUGCAGGCUGAUUGCUAUGGCUUACGGUCAAAUUGGGAUGAUUCAGGUAAUGUCCGUUUGCAUAAAAUGUUGACGAAACUUUAUGAAUCUUCUUUAGUUUUGGCAAAUUAUGUUAAGUUUGCACACGGCUGAAGUGGCCUUUACGGCCAAAAGAACCUAGUUAUUAACUUCAGCAGACUAUGAGCAGAAGAAAAGGAAGAAUUAUCUGUCUCCAGGCCAGCAGGGCGUGAACCCAGAUCCUUCAGCUUAAAGCCAAAGACUCUUUUCAUCGGCCCGUGCGUCUCACAGGUUUACUUAUUGGUCUUUACCUGCAGGCUACCGCUGGUUUCUUUGUGUACUUUGUCAUCAUGGCAGAGAAUGGAUUCUUGCCUGGUUAUCUCUUUGGUUUGAGAAGACCCUGGGACAACAGGGAGAUAAAUGAUUUACAAGAUUCUUAUGGCCAGGAGUGGGUACGUGAUAACUUGCAUCAACAAAGAAUGAAAAGCAUAGUAACAAAAUGUUAAUGUUUUAAAAAUAAAAUCGAUGCUACUAUCAAACAGUUUUGUUAACCGCUAAGAGGAUGAGCCUAUGAAGAAAAUCUUUCGGAUACAAAGAAGACUCAGGGCUCAUGCAAAGUUUUCAAUCACUGAAAAAACAGGAAACUUUUCAAACAGAUAUUUUGGUCCUGAAAAUAUAAUUAGGAAGAUAAAUACUGUAAUGCCAUAGCUAAUUUUUUUUUAUCGUGGUCCAUCAUCCUCGUGCGUCCAAGUAGUUAAUAUAUAUUGUAGUCGUCUGAAAUUGUCAGAGGUUUUCUCUGGAUAGUUAUUUUAGCGGUUUCUCGCAAUUUUUACAAAACAAUUGUUGUUUGUAACUGGGACUAUCGAUGGCAUCUCGUGUUCCUCACGUUGAAGGCGUACACUACGGAGCAGACGGAAGGAUUCUGCUGCGAGAGUCCACCUUCAACCUGUGGAAUGAUGGGAAGGAUAGUCUUGCAUAGAAGGUUGUAGCUUCUCCACUUUAACCCAUACUUUAGCCCAUUGAUGAUCGAUUUUCACUGCUCCUUGCAGACUUACAAUCAACGCAAGAUCCUGGAGUUCACCUGCCAUACUGCCUUCUUCGUCAGUAUUGUGAUCGUGCAGUGGGCAGAUCUGAUCAUCUGUAAGACCAGGAGAAAUUCUCUCUUCACACAGGGAAUGAAGUAAGUACUUGCUCUCUUUUCAACAUCUCGUCGAGUUUGGAUUUCACCUUAGGGUCCCUUUUCCGGGAACAGCCGCCUUUAAAAUAAGUUAUUCCGUGGAUGAUCUUGUCCAUUUUUGAGUAAGAUGACCUAUUCUGCACACACCGAUGUGAUUUGUGGCGUUCGGAUUCUGCUCAAUAUACCUUAUGAUGUUUUUAUUUACUGUCGUUUUUACUCUCACAGCAACUGGUUCUUGAACUUCGGUCUGGUCUUCGAGACUUGCCUAGCUGCCUUCCUCAGCUAUACUCCUGGCAUGUCUAAUGGACUUCGCAUGUACCCGCUAGCGUAAGUUACAUACGUACUUAAUACAUAUGGUGCCAACAUCUCGUCAUUAGAAAUUUCAGCUCGAAUAAACAAUGUAUUUGAUAUUAACGCCACUUGAAUUAACGCAAAUUGAUGGAGAGGUAACUUUCCAACCAAUGGAAUUAAACGUGAUACAGUUGCUAGAGUUUCAGAUUGAGGAAAAUUAACGCGACUUUGACAUAGAAACCAAAUAAGUUUGGAAAACGGAAUAACGUAGAAGAUGUGGCUGAUAUUAUGCGAACAUCAAGUAUAAAAAUCCCCGACGCCAAUGGAAAAAAAAAAAAUUUAAAAAUUGUGGAAUUUACGCUGACUUAGCCAUUAGAGGGAGGAUUUUCACUUCGUGAAAGUACAGUGUGCGACGUAUAAAGCUGUUUUGGUUAUUUUUUAAAAACGUAGCUUUCAAUAGAGGUCAGGGUGGAAUUCUCGUCCUGCACAAAAUGACCUAUUCAUGCAUUUAUCAUCUACCAAUUGGGGACGAAACAUUUUAUUGUGUUGCUAAUGACGAGGUGACAUCGAUAUCUUUUUGUUUUCAGUUGGCAGUGGUGGUUCCCAGCCAUGCCUUUCAGUCUUGUCAUUUGGAUUUACGACGAGAUUCGUCGUUACAUUCUGCGUAGAUACCCCGGAUGUAAG